GGCCAGUGCGGAGUGGGGAGGGGCGUUGCGUAAUUGCGUCAUCCAAAGGCCGAUUGUAGCUGCGUUGCGGCGCGAGCUCGGACCCAGGCGUGAGCUUCUCAUGUUCCUAUCUCCACCAUGUUUCCAUGCUGUUUUCAAGAGAUGAGCAAAGCGGCACGUUGUGGCAUUCUGCACUCCAGGUUACUGCCAUGGUUAGUUGGAAGUAAACCAAGGCUUUUGUGUACUGUGCCACAAACCAAGUGGCGAAGGCGAGUGGUGAUCACUGGUAUUGGAUUAGUAACUCCUCUUGGGGUUGGAACUCAGUUGGUGUGGGAUCGCCUCAUCCAGGGACAAUGUGGCAUUGUCGCACUGGAGGGUGAAGAGUAUAAGAAUAUCCCUUGCAAAGUUGCUGCCUAUGUGCCCAAAGGGGCUGGCGAAGGUCAGUUUAAUGAAGAAAACUUUGUGUCCAGAUCAGAGGCUAAAUCUAUGUCCUUUCCUACCAUCUUGGCCAUUGGAGCAGCAGAGUUAGCAAUCAAAGAUUCUGGUUGGCAUCCUCAAUCAGAAGCUGAUCAAAGCAAUGCUGGUGUAGCUAUCGGUAUGGGAAUGGUUCCCCUGGAAGUGAUUUCUGACACAGCUAUGAUGUUUCAGACGAAAGGAUACAACAAAGUCAGCCCCUUCUUUGUCCCUAAGAUCCUGGUCAACAUGGCAGCCGGUCAAGUCAGCAUCCGUUACCAACUCAAAGGACCCAAUCAUGCUGUAUCAACUGCCUGCACCACAGGAGCACAUGCUUUGGGAGAUUCUUUUAGAUUUAUUGCACAUGGAGAUGCCGAUGUGAUGGUGGCUGGAGGAACAGACGCCUGCAUCAGCUCCUUGUCUCUGGCUGGAUUUUCCAGGGCUCGGGCUCUGAGCAUAAACUCUGAUCCCAAGUUGGCGUGCCGCCCAUUCCAUCCAAAGAGAGAUGGCUUUGUAAUGGGAGAGGGAGCCGCUGUCCUGGUGCUGGAAGAAUAUGAACAUGCUGUUCAGAGAGGAGCAAGGAUCUAUGCAGAAAUCUUGGGCUAUGGCCUUUCAGGGGAUGCCAGCCACAUAACAGCACCCGAUCCAGAAGGAGCAGGGGCCGUAAGAUGUAUGGCUGCUGCGAUCAAAGAUGCAGGCAUCUCUCCUGAAGAUGUGUCCUAUGUCAACGCACAUGCUACUUCCACACCUCUAGGAGAUGCUGCUGAAAACAAGGCCAUCAAACAACUCUUUAAAGAGCAUGCUCAUUCCCUUGCAGUGUCUUCCACCAAGGGGGCAACAGGACAUUUGUUAGGAGCAGCUGGAGCAGUGGAAGCUGCUUUUACUGCCCUGGCUUGUUACCAUAGAACACUGCCACCCACCCUCAACUUGGACUGCUUGGAACUAGAGUUUGACCUCAAUUAUGUCCCACUGACAGCCCAGGAGUGGAAGGCAGGAAAUCGACGCAUUGGAUUGACCAACUCCUUUGGCUUUGGUGGGACAAAUGCAACCCUCUGUAUUUCUGACGUGUAGUAUGUGUAUUUUGUGUGUACGUGAACACUGAUUCAUGACACCAAUGGUGGUCAGUUGGAUAAAGAAAUAAUAUACAUAUAUGGAUAAACA